AUGAAUCUAAGGACAGUUGUUAUGGACAGGAAGCUAGCCAUAAAAAAACUUAGCUUUUAUCCUGGAUCACCUCUGGUUCGAUACUAUAGCCCAAAGCUGUCCACUAACUUGCAAAACCUCCAUGGAAAAUUAAGAACCGAUGAACUUUUAGCUGAUAAAACACCCGAUUAUGUUCGGUUAAUAUUACGUUCCAAUGUGUACGAUAUUAUUAAUGAGUCACCAAUUUCUAGAUCAGAAUUUUUGUCUUCUCGUCUGAAUACUGACGUGCAAUUGAAGAGGGAGGAUUUGCUGCCGGUAUUUUCUUUCAAGCUACGUGGUGCAUAUAAUAUGAUAUCCCAUUUGGAUGAUGUUCAGAAGAAAUGUGGGGUAAUUGCGUGUUCAGCGGGUAAUCAUGCCCAGGGUGUUGCAUAUUCUGCCAAACAUCUCGGUAUUCCUGCUACUAUCGUAAUGCCCGUUUCUACACCUUCUAUUAAAUACCAGAACGUCUCUAGGCUAGGUGCUGAGGUUGUGCUCUAUGGUGAUAAUUUCGAUGCCGCUAAAGUGGAAUGUUCAAGGUUAUCCGAGGAAAAGGGUCUCUAUGAUAUUCCACCAUUUGACCAUCCGUAUGUCAUCGCUGGCCAGGGAACUAUAGCCAUGGAAAUACUGAAGCAAAUUCAAAAUAGCUCAAAGAUUGGUGCAGUCUUCUGUGCAGUUGGAGGUGGCGGAUUGAUAGCCGGCGUGGGAGCUUAUAUAAAGCGAGCGGCGCCACACAUUAAAGUUAUCGGUGUAGAAACAUAUGAUGCAGCGACGUUGCAUACAUCUAUGCAGAAUAACGCUCGUACCACAUUAUCCCAGGUUGGAGGUUUUGCUGAUGGAACGUCUGUUCGUUUAAUUGGAGAGGAAAGCUUUCGUGUUGCACGAGAAGUGGUUGAUGAAGUUAUACUAGUUAACACUGAUGAAAUUUGUGCUGCUAUUAAGGAUAUAUUUGAAGACACCAGAGCUGUAGUUGAACCAUCCGGUGCGCUUGCCGUUGCAGGCAUGAAGAAGUAUGUGAAUGAAAUACAUCCAGAAAUAGAUCAUUCUGAAAAGACGUACGUUCCUGUGCUUUCUGGUGCUAACAUGAAUUUUGACCGUCUACGAUUCGUAAGCGAACGUGCUGUGUUGGGUGAGGGUAAAGAAGUCUUCAUGUUGAUCACUCUUCCAAAUAUUCCAGGAUCGUUCAAGAGAUUACAUAAAGUUAUACAUCCACGAUCAGUUACCGAGUUUUCCUAUCGGUGCAAUGAAUACCACCACGAUUCCGAAACUGACAUCCCCAAAGCCUACAUAUAUACCUCGUUUACGGUCACAAAUAGAAAGGAAGAAAUUAAACAGGUCAUAAAAGAGCUAACCGCUAUUGGGUUUGAAGCUGCUGAUAUCUCUGAAAAUGAACUGGCAAAGUCCCACGGUAGAUACCUAGUAGGCGGUGCUUCAAAAGUACCAAAUGAAAGAAUCAUAGCCUUCGAAUUCCCCGAAAAACCGAAUGCACUAGCCAAUUUCCUAGCAGGCUUGAGCAACUCUUGGAACUUAACUUUAUUCCAUUACAGAAACCAUGGCUCUGACGUUGGUAAGGUAUUGGCUGGCAUUUCGGUCCCUCCAAACGAAAAUUUAACCUUCCACAAGUUCCUAGACAACUUGGGCUACAAUUAUAAAGAAGAAACUGACAAUGUAAUCUACCAAAAGUUUCUAAGGUACUAA